AUGAAAAUAUUUGUGACUCUACUUAUGGGCGCUUUGGCGUUGGCCCAUGCUGAUAUCAGUCUAACACAGCAGGGUUACAACUACCGCGUGCAACAGCAGCAGCAACAACCACAGCAACAACAACAACAACCGACUGUUGUGGCACAUUUGCUUAAUCAGCAGCUGCAGCAGCAACAACAACAGUUGCAGCAAUCAUCGCAUCCGGUGUUGCCACCUCUGUCCGUGCCACUGCCUUACCUGCCACCUGUUGGCCAAUACCAGUCACAAUCACAUCAUGGCCAACAGCAACAACAACAACAGCAACCUCGCAUUGUCACCGCCUCCUUCCCGAUGCCCUCUGGAUUCCCAGUCAAUUUCCAGACAGCUCCACUGCAACAACAACAACGUCGUGCUCGUCCACGUGUCCGCAUUCCAAAGAGACCCAUUGUCACCAAGAACUUCUUCAUUCACUCCGCGCCCGAGGAGUCGGAGGAUGAGAUCCAGGAUGAGCUGCAGCAGUUGAAUCAGCAGCCAAGAAAUCACUACAAUGUGCUCUUUGUGAAGACUCCGGCUCAAACGAAUCGGGCGGCAGCUUUGAAUCUGGCCAAGACCCUGAAGCAGGAGAAGACCGUGGUCUAUGUGCUGGCCAAGAAGACAACCGCUUCUGACCUGCAGGACGCAAUUGCCGAGGCGCCACAGCAGAUCAACAAGCCCGAGGUGUUCUUCAUCAAGUACCGCACGCCGGAGGAGGCGCUCAAUGCCCAGCGACAGAUUCAAUCUCAGUACGAUACUCUGGGAGGCACCUCCACCAUCACCGAUGAGGGCUUGGCUCCCAUAACCUCUGUUGUGGGAUCUCUUGAUGCACCCGAGGAGGAGGAAGAGGAACAACAGCAGCAGCAGCAGAAUAUUGAUGGUUCCUUUGAUGUCCAUGGUCAUGGUCAUAGCACUGGUAAUGGCCCAGUUAGCAAUCAAUAUCUGCCCGCCAAUCAAUACUAGAAUACUCGUAUCUUCAUUGCUCACAUCACAUCAAAUCUUUCUUAGUUAGAAUGAACUCGCAUAUCCUUGUUGUCUAAGUUUAUAAGUGAAUUUAUAGAUUGUAAUUACUGUCAAUUUGAAUCAAGUCUGUAUUAAAGGUUCAACAUUGUAAUUGAA